AUGUCUAACACCAUCUAUUCUUUAUAAGAUUUUAGAAACUUAGAUGUUAAUAGCAUGAUCUAAGCAUAUGAUUAUGGCCUGUAACAUAUUAAUGAACUCUAAAUUUAAAUUGAGCAAUUAGAGAAAAGUGCAAUUGAUAUUAUAGUUGAAAAAGAUUAGAUGAUAGAACAAUUAGAAUUACAAUUGCAACACUCUUCCAGAAGACCCAGUCUAAACAAUCAAGAAGAAGUGAGUCAAUAUAAGAAGUAACUAAUUUUAGUUCAUUCUAGUCAUAUUUAGGAAUUGUAAACUAGAUUGGAACAUCUGUAAACCAAACACUAUGAUUAAUUGUAAGAAUAAGAAAAGGUGUGGAACUAAUAUUUAUUAGAUCAAAUAGCUUAGAAUGAAUUUACAGUGGAUUAAAAAUUAAAGAGUCAUUUAGAAUAGAUAUUUAUCUUAGAAGAUAAAAUAAAUAAGCUAGAGAAUGAAGUAAAACAUUCAUUUUAAGGUAGUUAGAAAUUAAGGAAAACAUGCACAUCUCUUUAAUAAAUUAAAAUAAACAAUUUAAAGAAAGCAAUUCCAAAUUGGAAGAAAUUCAAAUUACCUAAAAUAGAUAAAUACUUAGAUUACAAAUAGAAAUUGAGUAACUAUAAUCUAACAAUUGCAAAGAUAAAAAUCAAUUUUUAGAGUAAAUUAAUGUAAAAAUUUUUCAUUAAUUAUAAUAGAAUACUAAUUAAGAACUUUAAGAAUUGUAAUAUCAGACUUCUUCAUUCAAAAUCCAAAAUUAGAAACUAAAUAAUCAAAAUAAGAUCUACACUAAUACGAUCAAUGAGUUGAUGGUCAAGAAAGCAGAAUUAGAAUUGCUUAUUUAGACAUAAAAGUAUGAGAAAUAAGAAUCAAUUGGGAAUGGGAAAACAGGAGCAUUCUCUUCAAUUGAUUAAUAAGGAGACUAUCAUUAUAUUAGAGAAGACAUCAACACAACAGCAUUUGAUAUCAAUGAAGAUGAUGUAAAGUAAGAGUUGGCAUCUUUCCAAUUUGAUGAGAACAAUGUUAAUUUUAAUCAUUUAAAAAAAAGUCAUUCUAAUUAUUCUUUUCAUUCAGAGAAAAAAGAUCCUACUGAAUUGGAAAAUCAUCUCAAAAAUUCAAUAAAAAUAAUUAAGUAAUUAAAUGCUCAUGUGCAAUUACUAACUUAACAAAUAAAAAUGUAGAAAAGAUAAAACUUAAAUUACAAAAACGCAAAGGAAUACUUAAAUAUUAUGGAGUAGAACUACAAAAAUUCAGUCUCAUUGAAAUAAGAGUAAAUGAAGACUUUAGAAGACAAGUUAACAAUAUAAAAUUAAGAAAUAGUGUAUUUAAAACAAAAAGUAAAAUAGUAUACUCAAAAACUCAUAAAAUAUAACAGAAGAUUAAUCAAUAACAAUAACCAAAGCAAAUGA